GAGAAAUUAGGGUUUGUUAAUUUGGGGGAAAAAUGGAAAACCUGAUCAGAAUUGCAGGAAAUGUUGGAUCAAAGCAGGGACAGGAACUGCGCCUGUUUUAUUAAUAUUCCAAUCCAAUGGGGGCAGGGCAUAUGAUCGUGCAGAGCUCUCCCAGCCAGAAAGGGUUUCAGACAAAGUGUUGGGGCGUGUUUCCAUAGGGUUUCACGCCUGUGUUUGGUGGGCAAUGGGGAAAGUGUCUCUCUCCUACUCGAUUUUGUGUCUUCAUCAUCAAUUCCAUGUGAAAAAUUCUCGGGCACAGAAAUAAUUGGGGGAGAUCAAAGAAAUGGGCAAUUGCCAGGCCAUUGAUAAUGCAAGUUUAGUGAUUCAACAUCCAAAUGGUAAAGUGGAUAGCCAUUAUUGCCCUGUUUCUGCUGGUGAAGUUAUGAAGAUGAAUCCUGGCCAUUAUGUUGCUCUAUUGCUUACCACCACUAUGUAUUCAACCACUCCGGCAGCGGCGGCGGCAGCCGCCGGAAGUGGGAAGAAAAAUGGCAGCAGCAAUAUCCCACUUAGGAUAACAAGGAUUAAACUUCUUAGGCCUACUGAUACACUUGCUCUUGGCCAUGUUUACAGACUUGUUACAUAUCAAGAAGUGAUGAAGGGAUUGUGGGCUAAGAAACAAGCCAAAUUGAAGCAGCAACAUCAGAUAUAUUCUGCUGAGAAACAUGUCCAAAUUAUGGCUGAUAUAACUUCAGAUUUUGAAGCUGCAAUGGGGAAAAGUGAUGCUCACAAAACCAAGGUGAAGCAAGAAAAACACAGAUCAGGGAACCAUACACCUGGAAAUUCAGCUGUAUUUAAAUCCAGGGCCUGGCAGCCAUCAUUGAAAAGUAUUUCUGAGGCUGGAAGCUGAUUUCUUCUUUAAAUAAUUUUUUUCUUUCUUUUUUUUUUUGGGAUUUUUUUGGGCUUUGAUAAUUUCUGGAAAAUUUGAAGAAGAUGAAAAACACAGAAAAAAAAAGCUCAUUAGUUUAUUCUCCUCAGAGUGUUAGAGAAGAAAACAGAUGCUCUUUGUGGAGAAUAUGAUAUAUAUAUAUAUAUAUAUGUAUGGAAUGGCAGUGUAAUUAAAUUAUUGGACAAUGUUUGACAGAGGUUAAAUAAUAGUAUUUUAUUUAGGAUUGUGAUA